GCCUAGAGCGGCAAAAGAAUAGAGUUUAGAUCCACGUCCAUGGCCUUCGCGCGCUAAAAUCUCCGAAGCACCAUUUGAGUCUUAGACCAGUGGAGAAGAUGACGUCCACCGCCAUCUGGUCCGCCGCCAUGGCUCGCCGUUACCAUGCCGUCUCGUCUCUCGAUCUCUUGCACUUUCUUCAGCUCUCCAUUGAUUCCCGAACUCUCAAUCUCGCCCAGCAAUGCCAUGCCCGAAUCCACUCUUCCGGCCUCAACCAACACUCUGUUCUCGCAACGAAACUCAUCUCCGCAUACUCCGCCUGCAGAAGCCCUUUCGAUUCGCAGCGCUUCUUCGACUCAUUUGAAACCAAGAAUGUCUAUAUUUACAACACAUUGAUCAACGGGUUCGCGAAAAAUAGGAUCUUUUCUCAAAGCAUUCUUCUUUUUGAGCAAAUGUGGGCCGGAGAUGUUUUGCCGGAUGAAUUCACGUUUUCAAGCAUUGUGAAAAUUUUUGGCGAAUCUGGGGAUUUCAGGUCUGGGCAGAUGGUCCACUGUGUGUGUGAGAAGAAUGGGUUUGUUUUGGACACUGUGGUCGGCAAUUCUUUCAUGUCUCUCUAUGUGAAGAACGAUAGGCUAUCCAAUGCAUUGAAGGUGUUUGAUGGAAUGUCUGUUAGAAAUUUGAGCUCUUGGAAUGUUAUACUUUUGGGCUAUGUGCGUUUGAAAGAGAAAAACUUGGCAAAUGAUUUGUGGGAUUUUGUGAAAGCGAUGCAGAUCGAAGGAUGGGAAUUCGAUGCCUUUACAGUUUCUACAUUGCUGUCAUUCUGUGCGGAAGAUAGGAAUAAGUGGCACUAUGGAAGGGAACUGCACUGCCGUGUUUUCAAGAAAAGUCUGAACUUAGAAAUAGGAUCCGAUUGCGAUGAUCAUCACUUAGGCUGUUGUUUGAUUGACAUGUACUCGAAGAGCGGUAGACUUAAUUCAGCAAGAAAGGUUUUUGAACAAUUAACCCACAGGAACGUGUUUGCCUGGACAUCGAUAGUAAAUGGUUAUGUACAGAAUGGUAUCUUUAAAGAGGCUUGUGCAUUUUUCUUUAAUAUGCAAAUAGAAGGAAUCAAACCAAACAAGGUUUCACUCGUUUCUAUCCUACCCGCUUGUAGUUCACUGGCAAGUUUGAAGGGUGGGAAACAGGUCCAUGGAUUCGCCAUCAAGCAAAAUUUGAGCCGCGAAGUGUCUUUCACAAAUGCUUUAAUGGAUACGUAUGUCAAGACUGGAAGCUUGACUUGUGCAAGAUUGGUUUUUGAAUAUGGAUCCGCUGCCAAGGACAGAAUAUCUUGGAGUACAAUGAUUCUCGGAUACGGAUUACACGGUAGAGGCCAAGAAGCUGUGUUUAUGUUUAAUCAGAUGCUGGAUGAGGGGAUUAAGCCCGACAUGAUCACAGCUGUCGGGGUUCUUUCAGCUUGUGCAAGAUCUGGAUUAGUAGAAGAGGGCAUCAAAAUAUAUGACUCUCUCUUGAAUGAUUAUUCUGUUAAACCAACUUUAGAAAUGUGUUCAUGCAUGGUUGACUUGUUUGGGCGCUCCGGGCAGCUGAACCGGGCACUUGAGUUCAUCAACACCAUGCCCAUGAGACCUGGACCAAGCGUUUGGGGGGCCCUCCUGAACGCAUCCACACUACACGGAAACAGAGAGAUUCGGGAACUGUCAUACAAGUUUCUCGUUCAGAUGGAACCAGAGAACCCUUCGAAUUACGUCUCUCUCUCAAACUUGUAUGCUUCUUCUCAGAGGUGGGAUGCAGUUUCUGAAGUGAGGAGGUUGAUGAAAGACAGAGGGAUGCACAAGUCGCCCGGGCGUAGUUGGAUUGAUAUCAAGAGCGAAACUCACAGCUUUUAUAUUGCAGACAAGGCACAUCCUUGCUCAGAUAUGAUCUAUGAGAGGUUGGAUGAACUUAGUACAACAAUGAAGGAAGCUGGUCUGGAGUCUGAAUUUGAAAGUGGGAUAAAGCUGUGUGAAUGAUGAUGACAUUAUCUGCUAAACCCCAGGGAAACUUUGGGAAAACCUUUCUUUUUUUGCUUGGUGAAUCUUUUGAAAGCCUUUGACAAUGACGACACUCUUCUGAUGCGGCAUGAAACGAUGAUGUUUCUCUUCCAGCAGCCAUCCUACAACCUUAAAAUGAUCAAUCAAAGGGAGACCUCCCGACUCAGAGACAGAAGUACAAAUAAAGAAACUAUUGAAGCACGA